UUUACAGGAUUUAAGCAAAUCUGCUGGAAUUCCUUGAUCUUAUUCCUGUUCCUUACAGCUUCAAUAUUAUACCAGCCUUGGUAUGAUUGCUGUUAACUACCUCUCUUUUUAGGCUUUCACUGAAGAUCUCUGUGGAGGAAGCAUUAGUAUUUCAGCUGGUGUUGAUGAAUAGUAGUCCUGCCAGUUCAGGAGAAAUGGGUUGAAUUCCAGAGAGCCAAGAACAUUUUGGAAGAUGGUACUUCUUGUUCCAAAAUUCAAUCCAGAAUAAUCUGGAAAAAUCAAAACAGAAAGACUCUGUAGGGAAUCAUAGGCUUAUUUUAAUAGAAGUGUGCUUGUAUCAGGGUGAGAAGGUGAUUAGUAUUAAAUAGUGGACUUAGAUAUUUACAGCUACUUCAAAUUUGCCCAUACAAGGAAGUUGAGUAUCUAUUUUACCUUAUCUGUAGAUACAUUACCAAUCUAAACUGACGUGUUUAUAUUGGUAUAAUUUCCUUGUUUUUCUUCCUCUACCUUGGAGAGGGCCAUGUAGCCAUGAGAAGCUUUUGAGAAUCCUGAGGUACACCUCUCUCAAGAAAAUGUCAUUAUAUGUGCCAGAAAACCAGGGGAGUCUUGGCAAGAAGGAAUUAGUUCCAAAAGAAGACUCCCCACAGAGGAGACAACUGCAAACCCCACUAUAUCUGUCCACAGUUCAUCAUUCUUCCAAAAAUUGAAUACAGACUUAGACUUCUAUUGCUUUCAGUGCACUGGCCUGUGUUUCCUUUAAAACUACUUUAGCUAGGAAAUUACUUUAUCUAGGAAAACCUUGCUUUGAGAGGGAAGGAAAUUAGAAGUUACUGUGAGAGAAAUCCAGUGCAGGCUUUUGCUAGAGAUUUUGAGCCUAUGUGUCAGGGCUAAACAGUGAGUGUCUUCUGGGAGGGAGUUCUGAAGGAGCAUCAAUAACUUCUACUGCUGAUUAAGGAGCAAAUUGCUCUGAAUGCUAGUAGAUUUUCUGUUUGUGUCUCCAGUAUAUCCUUUCCUUGUGUUUUCACUGGAGUAAGUGGUUUUAAAUUCCAGCACAGUCCUGUAUUUUUAUUUGUUCCUUUUUUACCAGUGCUGCCUGAGAGUUACAGCGUGAUGUUGCAUCUAAGCUAUUUCCAUCCUCUGUUGCCCUUAUCGUCUGCCUCCCUCACUACAAGGAUAUAGGAGAUUUGCUCCUAAUUAACUGAGUGCAAUUCUUGGCCAAAUGCACUCCAGAAAGAUCUCCUUCCUACCACUCAGCAGCUCCUAUAAAAGAUCCAGCAGGUAGUGAAAUUUCCUUGCCUUUGAUGACUGUCUGAGGAUGAGGCAACACAAAACUGUCAAGUGAAGUGAGUAAUGGGCAAUAAGUGAAGGAGGAAAAAAGGCUUUUUGUCAAGCCAAUGGAUUUUUAGCAGCCCAUUCCUUGUUUUUAUGGUGAAGUCUUUGGAAGUGCUACUUAGCAGACUUGGCCAGAAGUGAGCUCAGUUCUUAAGGUGACCUUCAUGUUUCAUGCUAGAGUUAAUCCUUCCAAAAUCAGAAUAUAAGUAUAGGAAAUACCCAUUAGACUGAGCUGAGAAGAAGCACAGGGAAAUUUAAAAAAAAAUCUGAUGGGCCAAAUUCCCUUCUUAGAUUUAAUAGUGUUAAAAACUUGUAGCCUCAAACCCUAAUUCAGAUGAAAGAGCAGUAAGCUGAAAACACUACCCCCCUCCCAUGGGAUUGUUCAUGGUAAUACAAUAAUGAUCAACCCUCUGGAAAGCAUCCCAGCCAAUUGAGGGAAGAUAAAGCCCAAGGUCAAGGAGAAGCUUGAUGGAAAAGAUCUCUGGAGGCAAUACCCAUGGGGUAUUGGGAAGGCUGAAAAUUGGGAAUGCACCUUGGAGAAGGCUGUCCCACCUGUGGGUUUUCCAUGGGGAGAUCUGAAAGCUGCUUAACGUAAAGUUUUCUGGGUCCCAUUUACCUGGGUUCCAGUAUGAGGAGAGCUGACCUCGGGAAGCUGCAAGCAGGUAAUCGAGGAGGCAGCGGUGGGGGGAUAAAGUCCAGAUUCCUUCCAAGAAGUCUAAUCUCUGGCAAGUGUGCGCGCACACGCCGUUUCCUUCCCCGGUUGUUGCCGGGGGCUUUGCAGUAGGACGCAGCCCCAGCUCCUCGCCGUGCUGCAGCCUCUGUGCCGCGGGGAGAGGAGGAAGAGGCAGCUGCGGGAAGGAGGCAUUGCAGGAGAGGAGCGGGCGGCGGCCCGGGCGCUGGGGAGGCGGAGGCUGGCGCUGGGAGAAGCGCGUACCUGGAGCACGGGGGAGGCUGGGCAGAGGAGGGGACAGCGGGGAGCGGAGCGGGCUGAGGGUGCGCCCCACCGCCUGCGCUCCCUCCUCCCGCUUUCAGAUGCGCUAGAAAUGGAAAAGGCAUCCUGCUGCCCCCGGUGCGGAGUGGCUAGCGUGGGAAAGCAGAGCCCGGCAGCUGAACGAGAAUGUGAUGCUUGAGGAACCUUCUGCCCACUUUUUACAGGAGGGAUGGGGAUCUCCAAAAUACUCGGGCUCCUGGUGGAGCUCUCGAGUCUGCUAUCCUGUCUCAGAUGUGUGGAGGCUUUCCUGGGAUCCCAGCCCAACCAAAACCAUUUGCAGAGUGCAGCAUCCAGCGGCUGUGCUGUCGGACCCCUGGGCUAUUACAAUGGCUCGCUGGCGGUCACUGAGGCCGGGGCAGAGUGCCUCAACUGGGCAGAGUUCCCUGAUUAUGUCCAGCAGUACCCAGACCGUGGCCUGGGGGACCACAACCACUGCAGGAACCCAGAUGGGGGAACGACACCCUGGUGCUUCUACCGGCUCUCGUCAGGGGCCAUCGGCUGGUCCAACUGUGACUGUAACCAAGGUGCUGUGCGGUUGGCUGAAGAUAGUAGUGUGGAGCUGUACGUCAGUGGACUCUGGGGUACCAUCUGUGCUGACCACUGGACUGACUGGGAUGCCAGUGUUGUCUGCAGGCAACUAGGUCUCAGUGAGAUCGGCACAGCUGGGAAGAAAAGUCAUCCUGGACCAUGGCCUGUUCCCCUGCACCUACAGUCAGCAAACUGCCAUGGGGAUGAGAAAGCUCUGCUGCAGUGUGGCUAUCAGGAAGCUGUGUCAGGAGCUUGUAAACAGGGGAGUGCCACGGUAACUUGUGUUCCUCCAGAAGGUGUAGGUGCCCCACUGCGUAUUGUUGGGGGGAAGGAGAGCUUUGAAGGGCGAGUGGAGGUUUACCACGAUGGCAAGUGGGGCACCAUCUGUGACGACCAGUGGGACGACCGGGAUGCUGAAGUAGUCUGUAGACAGUUGGGACUCAGUGGGACCCCAAAAGCCUUGUCGUGGGCUCACUAUGGGCAGGGAUCUGGCCCAAUCCUGCUGGAUGAAGUGCAGUGCUCGGGCAAUGAACUCUCACUUGACCAGUGCAAGAAGAGUGACUGGGGACAGCAAAACUGUGACCACAUUGAAGAUGCUGGAGUCUCCUGUGACCCUUUCACAGAGGGCACUGUCAGGCUGGCUGGUGGCCGCAGCCCCAGUGAAGGCAGGGUAGAAGUUUAUUACAAUGGAGACUGGGGCACAGUUUGUGAUGAUGGCUGGACAGACCUCGGUGCCCAGGUGGUCUGCAGGCAGCUGGGCUUCAGUGGUCCUGCUGCCCUGGCCUCUGAAGGGGACUAUGCUGCUGGCCAAGGCUUUAUCUUACUGGAUGAUGUGGCAUGUGUGGGGACAGAGCUGUCCCUCCUGGACUGUCCCCACAGCAACUGGGGGCAGCAUGACUGCUCACACGCCGAAGAUCUGGGAGUCCGCUGUUCCCCAGAAAGCAACACAGUCAUGGAUGGCAGCCUGGGGCCUCCCAUACGGCUGGUGGAUGGAGAAAGCACCAAGGAGGGACGAGUUGAGGUGUUACUGAAUGGGCAGUGGGGCAGUGUCUGUGAUGAUGACUGGACGGACAGAGAUGCCACAGUGGUUUGCAGGCAACUGGGGUUCAGUGGUACCGCAAAAGCCAGAGCAAUGGCUUAUUUUGGCGAAGGCCAUGGGCCCAUCCAUCUGGACAACAUAGAAUGCAGUGGCACGGAGCACACCCUGGGGCAGUGUGCCAGGUCUGACACCACGAUUCACAGCUGCUGGCACAGUGAGGAUGCUGGUGUGAUCUGUGACUACGUGGAAGAGAAGGUCCAAGAUAUCAGAAGAACAGGUCCAGAGUCUGGUGUGUGUGGGAUGCGCCUUCUCCACCGUCGCAAGAAAAGGAUCAUAGGUGGAAACAAGUCUCCCAGAGGCGGUUGGCCAUGGCAGGCCUCACUUCGGCUGAAGGGUUUUCGUCGAGAUACUCGUCUGCUGUGUGGGGCAACACUGAUCAGCAGCUGCUGGGUGGUGACUGCAGCCCACUGCUUCAAAAGGUUCGGUGUUGAUGUGCGGCGCUACCUGCUGCGGGUGGGCGAUUACCACACAGGCGUGAAGGAUGAGUUUGAGAGGGAGCUGCCUGUGGAGCGGAUUGUCCUGCACAGGAACUACUGGGCUGGCAGCAAUGACAAUGACAUAGCCCUGGUCCGGGUGCGGGGCAGAGAAGGGCACUGUCUGUCCUUCAAUCGCCAUGUUCUGCCCGUCUGCCUGCCCGACAGGAAAGAGAGGUCUGACAUCAACAGGCAAGCCUGCAUCAUCUCCGGCUGGGGAGACACAGGGAAGUCCUAUUCAAGAACGCUGCUGCAGGGGGUGGUGCCUCUUCUCCCACGGGAAGACUGUGAGGUCCGCUACGGGCAGAAGUUCACUAACCGCAUGAUUUGUGCCGGGAACCUCUCUGAAGAUAAACGGGUGGACAGCUGUCAAGGGGACAGUGGAGGGCCACUCAUGUGUCAGAGGUCAAAUGGGCGCUGGAUCAUUUUGGGCAUCACUUCCUGGGGGUAUGGCUGUGGUCGGAAGGAUUCACCCGGUGUGUACACAAAGGUCAGCAAAUUUGUACCCUGGAUCAAGAGAGUGACCAAGCUAAAAUGAAAAUGACUGGGCUCUAGGAACUUCAGCCUAUGGUCCUUUUGCCCUGCAGCAGCAGAAGGCUGUGGCUUCUGGUUGUGACUGAUGGAGAUUUAUUUUGUCAUUGGACACUGGCAAAGGACUUUGAUGUAGAACUGGAAGAAAAGCAGUUAUGACUGAUGCUUUAAAGUCUUUGAUUUCGCUUUAGUCUGUAAUCUGUAAGCAGGGAAAGCAGGUGCACACUGGUAACAAUGAUAAGUAUACGUUGCCCUAAGUAUCUGAGUCAUGUAAUGCAGUGACACUUGUUCCUUUGCCCUGGCACACAGAAAUGGUAGAAGCAGAGAUACCUGCCACUGAAAAUCUAUUCCUGUUUGUAUGUUGGGACAGUUGAAAAAUGCUGCAAGGAGAGGUGAGAUGCUUGGAAGAUGGCACUGGGUGCUGGCAUAGUGGAAAUCUUCAGAUAUUUUUUCAUAACAGCUCUCUUCAAUUCCAGGAAUCAGAAGAUUUGAGCUGAGCUGGGGUUUUUUUCUUCGCUGUUAUGUCUCUAGGGGGAACCUUUUCUCUUCUGAAUAGUACGUCUGCUUCCAUAUGAUCCCUUUCAAGUGUCUGCCCCUGCUAAGAGAUGCUUACCUUUUCUGCUGUAAUCCUCUGCCACACAUUUCUAGCUGCCAGAUGCUAUGGUUUUAUUGCUGCUUUCUCACUAUAGUGGUUCUUUGUGUGUGUUUGUUUUCUUGCUUCCUUAAAGUAGCAUCUCCUAGUUGUUGGUGUGGGAGUAAAUCUUCAUUUUUAAGAGAGAGUAGCUUUCUUGCCCUUAUGAUUACUGUGAAGAACUUAAAAAUAUGACCUCAAGUAGCUGAAUAGACAUGUUAUUUUUCUUUAAAUCCAAAUGUAAUGUUAAUCUCAAA